UGUUCCGGACCACUGAUGAGCUCUGAUUGGUUGGAAGCGUUCGCGUCCCUGUCGUGUCCUCAUGGUUUUCCUGGCGUGACCUUUUCCCUUGGCAACCACUUCCUCCGAACAUCCACGGCCAUCUUUAAUUUUAAGUCAUUUGGGAAAAGUUGUUUUCCUCAUGUAGCAACGGUGACGGACGAAUUUCGCGCAAAAAGCGGCAUCGAGAGGCGCAGCGUGCAUGUAUUUAGCGCCGAUAAGUUCGGCACAGAAGAGCAGCGCCGCCGGCUGUCCGCAGAGACCGACCGCCACGCAGCAGCCAUGAGAAAGAAACAGACUGCCAAACAGAGGAAGACAGAGGAGACACCGGUUGUCCAAGAAUUUGUGGUGGAAAAAAUAAUUUGCCGCAGAAUCUUGAAUGGAAGAGUGGAAUACUUCCUCAAGUGGAAAGGCUUCACUGAUGCUGACAACACGUGGGAACCAGAGGACAACUUGGACUGUCCUGAACUCAUUGAAGAGUUUCUGAGAAACACUAAUCUGUCAGAAGAGGAUGAAUUCAUCCCCAAAGAAGAAAUGACCGAAGAGGAGACUGAAAUUUCAUUCCUGCAGUCUCAGCGGCAGGCUCACAUUGUGAGGCGUGAUGACAGCGCCUUCAAGCCAAGGGACCCGCAGUCCAACGCCCCCGCCGACUUUAGCACUUACCUCGAGCCUGAAUGCAUCAUCGGCUCCACAGACAGACAGGGAGAGCUCAUGUUCCUCGUCAAAUGGAAAAACUCUGAAGACGUGGCCUUGCUGCCAGCCCGUGAAGCCAGCACCCGGUGUCCCCAGGUGGUCAUCGACUUCUAUGAGCGGAAGCUGACGUGGCACUGCGGAGACGAGGAGCAGUGAAUUGCGCGUUGGCUACGGACAAACGGCUGCGAUCACACCUCUAGCUUAGUUUAACCUCCAUCAUGUUCCCUCCUUCAGCUGACAUUAGAGGCACUCCAUGUGAGGUGUGCAUGAACCUCGGCGGAGAUGAAUUUGAAGUGCUCUUGAUCCUGCGGUACUCGGCGAGGUCGCAGUGCCUUUGCGUAGACCACGAUGGAGACUGACGCUAACCUUUGUGUGCAGUGCAGCUGAUUGUGGAUCAGCCUCACUUGUAGCAGCUUUGGUCUCAUGUUAUCAUGUAGCAGACUCGAUCACUGUGGACGUGUGCUAUCGUUUGUUAUAUAGGGACAUAGUGUUCAUGCUCCUGUUUUAGCCGCGAGGCCCUACGAGUGAGUGGGGCCUUGGAUUUAAUGUCGCGUACACUGUGUGGGCGGAGUGCAGUAACUGCCGUUAAAUCGGCAGCCCCGUGUAGCUUUUCGGUUAGAGCUAAUAAAGAUUGUAGACGUGUUGUUGAAAUGUCUCUUGUUUGAACUCGUGCAAGGUGUUUAUAGCCACGCCUCUCCCUCUGUGUCACUGAUGACUCUAAAAUAGAUUGUUUCCCCAUAUUUCCAAGCAGCUGCUAGCUACCAAAUGCUGUGUAUGUUUUUUUUUCAGUUACAUGUACAAAAUAUUGCUCAAUUUUUGAACAGUUAUUUUAUGUGGUACUGUUUCCCAAAGUGUAUUAGCAAAACUAUUUAAAAAAAAAAAUCCUCUUGCUGAGGUAAAUUGAAUUAAAAUGAAAAAAUUGAAAAUUUAAAAAAAAAUUGUGCACUACUGUGACCAGCAAAAUUGUAAAAUGUAGCACUUUAAUUAGACUCUGUCCUGAGGUGACACAUCUCCCGUGAUUUUUAUGGGACUCAGCUGAACUUUCAACCUCUUGAAACCUACUGCUACUGAACCACUGUAAACAUUGACCAUGGUCUGUGAAGUCUGUGAAUAAAAAGACAUACAUUUAUCAGUC